CCCUUCAUCGGAGGAUGGUCUGGUGAUUCCUCGGUUAUCGCUCCUCGCUCCUCCGGCAGAAAUAAGAGCCAUGGGACGGUACUCAAGAUGGCGCAGACAAAUCAACUUCUGGUGAUACCGAGGAAAUUAAAAUAGUCGACCUGAGACGCAGCCAAGGCCCUGGUGUUCCUCGACAGCAUAUUUUAACUCUACUGCAUCACAUUAAGAGGGUAUCAUUAGAAUUACUCUAGCGCCUUCUGGUGUCCAUUUGGUGGAAUAACACUUAGUUCGUGUCACCCAUAGACUGGUGUCACCUCACAUGACCCGGUUUAAUGUAGCCUUCCAGAUACCCCCAGAGACUGGCGACUCUGACCUCCGAGUGAACCUUAGCAGCUUCCAGGCAGCUUCAGACAGACGUGAAGGGGUAAGGGACAGGGCAGGAGAUAUUAGGUAUAAUUCUAAUGAGAACAGGACUAUGAGAGAUAUCCGACAUGCUGGACACUGGAGCAGUUAGCGGAAGAUGGCAGCACUGGAUGUAAGCUACCUUUUAAAAAUCACAGAAGAAAAAGAAGACAUGGCGUCUACGCCACAUAUCAACACCACAGAGCAGUAGACUCACCACACACACCAUCAUUUUUGGCUAUCCGAAACCAGUUUUUUUUGUACAUUAAUAACAGACAAUAUUUAAUAUUGGAUUUGCUGAACAACAACAUAAGCAUUACGCCGGCAAAAUAUGCAAAAGAUGCCCGGUCAACUUGACAGCUUGAAGCCCAGAAAGAGGAAGAGCAGCUCCAGAAAGCCUUCUACUACAAGGAGGAAAUGUAUAAAAAGUCCAAACAUGCAGCCGGCAGCAGCAGCAGCAGGGAGCAGCUCAGCGGUCGAUGGGUACAGCAAAGCAGACGGCGCUGUGAAGAGACUCUCUGCCAUCAGCUGUGAGUGCCAGCAGUCAGCGGGCAGGAGGAGAUGCUCUGCUUCCCCGGAGCUGGAGGGACAGGAGGGCAAAGAAAACGAAGUGAGGACGGGGCAGGAAGUGGACAGCUGGGACAAACACAAGACAGAGGACAUGGAUUGUGAGGAAAGCAGCAAAAACAUUUUCCCAGAUGACGACAGUAAUCAGAUUCUGCCCGUGGAGCAGUUCUUUGGAAAUCUGGAUGCUGUACAGGAUUUCCCUCAGAGACCGUCCGCGGCCCCUGGUCAACAUGACAACGCAGGGAGACGAAGACGCCAUUACUACGCACCCGAGAACAGCGAUGAAGAGGAGGCAGGCGUGAUCAGUGCACCGCGAGGGGACACUUAAUGAAGAGUAACGGAACUGAUGUCUCAAAGUGAGGCCUGAGGGACUCAAAAGCAGCUCUUUCAAUUAGUGAAACGCUGUCUCACAGGAGGCAGGAAUUUGCUGUAGCUCGAUCUGCUGUUAGCCUACCAUUGCUUACGAAUUGUCCUUAUAUGUGAGUUUGCUUUUAAGUUACUUCCCGUACCCGCCAUGCGCUGAAGAGAUUCGUCACAACAUAAAAACUUGAGCACUUCGCCAACAGCUUAAAAGACAGUUCUUGGUCAUUUACAAUUGUUGACUUGACAAACCGUCCAAACGCACACAAAUGCUACAUUGUUUUCAAACUUGUUCCCAAAUAUCUUGUCAGUUCAUUUGAUACUGUUUAAACAAAGCUGCAGGACAGGGAUUAUAACUGUGGAGAACAUUUACAGCCGGCCGGCCCAGCACUUUAUUUACACAUUACAUACUGCUUCAUAUAGUCAGUGAGAUUAGCCGUGAGAGAUGCCAAACAGUACUUCAUUUAAAGGUCAAAGUGUCGAUUUGUAGGAAAAGUCGUGCAAAUCUACACGUUUUGGAAGAAUACAUGCGCCAAAGAGCUGUUUCAUAGCGAAAGCUUUUAAUAUCACAGAGACAUGGUUUAGAAUGAAUGUCAUUGUUCACCAAGUGUCUAAUGUGUCAUCAUCUAUGUGUGCCCAGUUUGGGCUUUUUGGCAGCUGCUUCAACACAUCUGUAAAAUAACAAAUGUAAAUGAUAUCAAUGCAGCUAAAUAUUUUCCCUGAGGAGGAUCACAUUUGCAAACAUGACCGAAUUCUACACAAAAAUGCAUUGUAAAAAAACAGAGUUUUAUCAGAAAUGUUUUUAGUCCGUUUAAAACGGAGGAUAUGUUAAACCUGAGUUUAAAAAUGUAAUCUAGUUUUUGAGGGUGCCAGUACUUGCACUCCUCACUCUUAUGCCACUUACUGCCUGAGUGAUAAUCCAUGCAUUUUACAUCAGUGCCAACACAGAGAACAUAAUAAAUGUUUUUCAUGAUUUCAAAA